UCCGGCCUCCCUGAUCCUACGUCACCGCCAUCCAUCCACCCACCCCCUCUCUCCUGUGAUUAUCGCGAAUCGUGGCUUCUCUCUCGCGCGCGCUUCCCUACUCGCGCAACUUCGGAGAGAGAGAGAGCGAGCAAUACCCAGCCUGCAAUUCAAAGUAGACUUCUCUCCGGACCCGGUUCGUGCUGCCUCUUGUGUCCCCAGGAAUGAGAAGCGAUGUCCGGCUCUGGCAACGAGGAGAAAACCUUCCGAAGGUUCCUGGAGCUCUUCCUCCGGGAGAUGAGGCCCCCGCUGCAGGAGGACCAGCCGCUCCCGAUGCGCCCUUUGUCGGAUCUCAUAUCGGAGGACGAAGUGGAGGGAGAGUGCAUCGACCUGUGUCUUCAGCACCUGUGCAAAUAUAACUGCCCGUUCUCCUUGGCGUCAGGGCUGGCACGUGGCACAGCUGAUGCCGUCCUGCAGAGUGACCUGUCUGGGUACCAGAACAGCAAACCCACCGAGGAGGGCACUGAGCCAUUCCCCCAGCUGGACUCGGUGAAGGUGGCUCGACUGGCGUUUAAUAAGCUGUUCGACACGUGCUACUCAUGGCUGAAGGAGUUUCCAUACCGGCGCCGAGCGCAGCCGUACUACGAGACGUCCAUCCACGCCAUUAAAAACAUGAGGCGCAAGAUGGAGGACAAGCAUGUCGUCAUCCCCGAAUUCAACAGACUCUUCAACCUGCAGGAUCAGGAGGAGCAGGUAUACCGGUGGACGGUCAUGGGGCGCCGCCACCACGCCGCCAACCACCUGCACGUGAACCUGGUGCGGCAGGAGAUGUUCCGCCAGGACCCCGCAGAGGCCCUCUGCAGAGCCUUCCCAACCAAUCGACUACCAGACAGAAAAGCAUCAUGAGAGCACCUGCGCUGCGGUACCACUGGAUGCGGGUAAUCGCUCAGCCCGGGCCGCACGCUGCACGUGGGCCCGGCUGGAGAUUCCCCAGGUGAUAUGGUCAGGAGGGGCCAGCCAGUGGAGCUCAUGAAGCCUCACAAGCCAGACAGAGAGGAUGAGAAGCAGAGAAUUGAGGCACUUGGGGGGUGUGUUAUCUGGUUUGGCACAUGGAGGGUCAACGGCAGCUUGUCCGUAUCCAGAGCUAUCGGCGACUCAGAGCAUAAGCACUACUCCCUAUAUCUGGGCGGCGAUGCUGACCAUACAGCUGCCCCGCUUGGAUCGCCCGAGGAUUACCUGAUCCUGGCGUGCGACGGCUUCUACGACACGGUCAACCCGGACGAGGCGGGUGGCAUCGCGGAGCUAAUUGCACUGACGGAGAACCUGGGCGACACCGCCAUGGUGGCUAUUAAGCUGGUGGCGUGCGACGCUGACGCUGGGUCAAGCCGACAAAUAUCACCGGCUAUCGUAGUGUUCCGCGCCGACCGCGACCCCCUCUGUCCACCACCGACCCAGGAGGAAGAGGUGAGGCCGGACCGGCUCGGGAGACGGGUUGCCAUGACGGGCGGGGCGCAGGGAGAAGUGGGAGGUCAAGGGCCGGGCUGGCCACUGCAGCAGUGCUCGGCGCCGGCGGACCUGGCCUACGAGGACCGCAUGGAUUCCUUCACGGACAGAACUAGCCUGAGUCGGACCGGGCCCAGCCUCGACAUCGAGGGCGGCAGCGGCAGCGGGAGCGGUGCCCUGCGGCUGCCCGUGCUAUCCCAUCAGCCCCCACGACGGGCCUUCUGCACCCCUGAGCUGCUGGAGGUGCCGGGGCAGGCGUGGUCAUGGCGAGCGAGUGCGGAGGAUGAGGGUCAGGCAAAAUGCCCUGCUGGCACCUCUCCCACCACGCCAAGCCCACGGGACUGCUGCUGCUCCGCCUCAUCCUGUUGCCCACGGCAACGCUCCAGCAGUCCUUGCUGA